AUGACACCUUAUGGCGGUGUUACACAUAAACAUAAAUCACUACAUGGAAGAAAUUACUUUGAUAUUGAAGAUUUAAAUUAUGCUUUACCAUCCGAUAAGUUGGAGGCUGAUAGAGGAUCUCUAUCACAUAUACUAAGUAAGCAUAUCUGGAAAGGUAACUUUCGUUCUCCAAUUGCACAAAAGUUGAACAAUGGUGGUGCUAAAGUACUUGAUAUUGGAUGUGGUUCUGGUAAUUGGAUAAUUGAUAUGGCAUUAGAAUAUCCAUCUUCAACAUUUAUAGGAAUUGAUGUAAAUUCUUCCUUUUUUCCAUCGAAUGAUAAAUGUCCUCCUAACGUCUGUUUUCUUACAUCCAAUGUAACUUAUGGAAUUCCAUUUCCUAUGGAAACUUUUGACUUUGUUUAUUUGGGCAUGAUGUUUUCUGCAUUUACUGAGCUACAAUGGUCUGAGCUGAUCAAUGAUGUUGUCAGAGUUUUAAAAUAUGAUGGUUGGGUCGAAUCUUUAGAAACAACUGCUCGACUUCUAAAUCGUGGAAAAGUUACAAAAUACAUAGAUGAGGCCGUUCGUAUAGCUUGCAUGAAAGAAAAAGGUGUUAAUCUUCGAAUUAGUACUUCGUUGCCAAAAAUGUUUGAGUCAAAUGAGACGCUCACAAAUAUACAAUGUGUUAAAGUAGAAUAUCCCGUAGGAGAAUGGUUUGGAUGUUUUGGUAAAUAUUCAAUUGCCAAUGUUCGUAGAUUUUUCCAAAGUAUUGUUUACCUUCCUGAAUAUUUGGGUAUAACUUAUGAAGAAUAUAAUGAUAUGUUGGACACCUUUGUUAAGGAAGCAAACGAGAAUAAAUCUUACACUUAUAUUCAAAGAUGUUUUGCCCAAAAAACUUUGAAUUCUUGA